AUGUCACAUCGCUAUUCACCCAAAUCUAGUACAUACUCCGUUCCCGGUGGGGAUACUCGAUUGGCGAGUGACGUAUACGAUGAAUCUGGACCAGAUAACCACGCAAAUGGCGAUUCCCGCCGAGGUCACGUCCACUUUGCCGCUGAAUUGGGCAGCGCAGUUGAAGGAAUUGUUACGUCGAUGGUAGCAAGACAUGGAGGCUCUGGCGUCGACAAGAGCCUUGCCUGGGAAGCCAUUCAGAGCCUGGCAAGGUCACAGCUUGAUGGACUUACAGGGAGCUUGAUCGCACAAGGGUACCAGAGCCCUCACCCUCCGCUGUUCAAUAAUUCUAUCCUCGCUGCUGAAAAUUUCUUUCUUUUCGAAGGAGAUGCUGGCCAUAUGGGCCAUGAUGUACCGUCGAUGCCAGACUUGAAUGCUUUCUUCCAGGAAGAACAGCCUCCUGGCUUAGAAAAUGUUCAGAACUUUGACGUACCAGAAUUAGGACAUAUCAUGUAUGAUGACGGUCCCUUUUCGUUAUUGCAAAUGCCUGUUCCGAGUCCGUCAUCUGGAACGAUUACUAUGCCGACCAAUAGUCCAUCCUUACAAGAGCCAUGGCCCGAUGGAAACUCCAUCGACUCUUCUACGACAGGUAGCACACGGACUAUUACAGCCGAUCCUGUCCAUAGACGCCAUGAAACAGCUUCCAAACAGCCGGGGCAAAGACUCGCGGCUCCUCAAACACGGCACGACGAUUCUUGGCCUGAGAGAAGCUUCAGACCCUCUUCCAAGCGUUCCAUAACUCGAGCUGAUCGCUUGAUGCAAAUUGAUAUGGCAAAACUACCUAAUAAGAGAUCCAGGCGCGGAAGACCGAGUGAACGACCUAGUUGCGCUCGUUGCAAGAUUCAGAAAAGAAGAUGCUAUGGAAACUCUAAGGCUUGUGAGUCUUGUGACAUGUCACCCGUAUAUCGGGAGCUCUGCAUUCCCGCAGACAUUAAAGGAUCGCGAACUCUCCUUCACAGUUUAUACCAAACACGAAUUCAAUCGUUACUCAACAACGUCGCUGAAUGGCUCCCGGUAGAACCUUGCAAGGCGGUAGCUAUUGAAAUCUCAAAUGGCUUUAAACCGAUACUGCAGGUCACAGUAAGACCAUACGUUCCUUUCAACCAAGACGCUCUUACUCACGUCCUGUUCCGUGGGACCGAGGCCGGCAUGAUUACUCCGCGGGCAGAGAGUACAGCAUUUUCUCUGGAGGAUGGCACCCUAUCAAUACAAAAGAUUGAUGCCUAUUGCGAUAAUCUUGCGUUCGACCUAGCACUGAGUGAAGGAAAACAGGCCACAGACAGGAACAGGCUUGCACGUCAUAUUCUCAUGUUUGCCACGACACAAUGUGCAGGACUUCAGGAAGGGCCGAAUCUAGAAGGGAUCGGCUUGGUAAGACUUGCGUUACGGUUCUGGGCCAUGCAGGCUGUCUUUUUCAAGUAUCCCUGGACAAUAGUGAAAGGUGCUUCGCAGAUAGGAAUGUCUCCGCUGCGUAUCCCCGGAUGCUGGUUUGGAAAGACACUACUCCCACGACUCGUCAACCAACAACUCGACAAAGCCUUUGAGACCCGCAUGGAUGAACUUGAGCGAGAGAUCCUUGAACAACUUCAAGACCUGAUCCUCCGCCGCGAACGAAGCACGUACUGGUGUGCCAUUUUUCUAACAACCUUUAUACUGUUACAUAGUCUCGAGAAAGACUCAUGGAACAUGCACGCCUGGGAGUAUGAGAAAAACCGCAGUGGUGGAACUCGUUGGCCUUUGAGAAGAGACCCGUGUGAUUACUAUGGUCAGAACAAACAUAUCGCAGAUACCUUGACGACAUACUUCCAUAUCGUGACAAAUGGCCAUGCGCCGUUUGCCAUAGACUGGGCGAAAUCUUCAAACCAAGGGCUUCUUGGUGAAGGUUCACCUGCUCGAAUGCUGAUCGAGAGCAUACAGAAAGAUCUACAGAACCCCCAGUCUAGUUACGGGGAGGAGUUAUAUGCCUCGAAAAAGUUCCGAAGGGACGAUGUUGAGAGCUUGAACUAUUACUACACAAAGAGAUUGAUUUUGGGUUAG